CUCACCAUGAACAGACAAGCCUGCAAGAUAUCUGGAGGCAGGAGCCAGGGCUUCUCUGGCCACUCAGCUGUGGUCUCUGGUGGCAGCAGGAUGAGCUAUGUGGCUUGAACUGGGGGCUCUGGUGGAGGGGCAUGCAGGUUUUGGAGUGGAUCAGGCAACUUUGGCAGUCACAGUCUCUUUGACCUGGUUGGCAACAAGAGGAUCUCUAUCAGUGUGGCAGCUGGUGGCUCUCGGGCUGGUGGCUUUGGUGGAUACAACAGUUGUGGGAGUGGCUUUGGGGGUAGCUAUGGAGGUGUCUUUGGGGGUGGUUCUGGAGGCAAUUUUGGCAGUGGCUUUGGUGGUAGCAGAGGAAUGGGGAGUGUCUUUGGUGGAGCUGGUGGCUUUGGAGGGGCUGGUGGUUCUGGUGGUCUUGGUGGCUUUGGUGGGCCUGGUGGCUUUGGCCCUGGUUGUUUUCCUGGGGGAAUUCAGGAAGUGACUGUGAAUCAGAGCUUGCUACAGCCCCUCAGUGUGGAGAUUGACCCCCAGAUUGGGCAAGUCAAGGCCCAGGAACAUGAGCAGAUCAAGACUCUCAACAAGUUUGCCUCCUUCAUCGAAAAGGUGCACUCCUUGGAGCAGCAGAACAAGGUCCUGGAGACCAAGAGGGAGCUGCUACAGCAGCAGACCAUGGGCUCUGGCUCUCCCCCAAACUUGUAGCCUUUCUUUGAAUCUUACAUCAGCUACCUGCACAAGCAGCUGGACUUACUUCUUGGGGAGAGAGGGAAUCUGGAGGGAGAGUUAAAGAACAUGCAGGACCUGGUGGAAGACUUCAAAAAGAUGUACAAAGAUGAGGUCAACAAGCACACUGUGGCAGAGAACAAGUUUAUGGGGCUCAAGAAGGAUGUAGAUGCCACUUACAUGAACAAAGUGGAGCUGCAGGCUAAGGUGGACAGCCUGAUAGGUGAAGCCAAGUUCCUGAGGACCCUUUAUGACAUGGAGGUGUCUCAGAUGCACAGUCAUGCCAGUGACACAUCUGUGGUGUUGUCCAUGGACAACAAUCAUGACUUGGACCUGGACUGCAUCAUCAGUGAGCUCUGUGCCCAGUAUGAGGAGACCGCUCAGAGAAGCAAGGAUGAGGCAGAGGCCCUGUACCAGACCAAGCUUGGAGAGUUGCAGACCACGGCUGGCAAACAUGGUGAUGACCUGAGGAACACCAAGAGUGAGAUCAUGGAGCUCAGUAGGAUGAUCCAGAGGCUGUGAGCAGAGGUGGAGAAUGUUAAGAAGCAGAAUGCCAACCUGCAGACACCCAUUGCAGAAGCCGAGCAGUGUGGGGAGUUGGCCCUCGAGGAUGCCAAUGCUAAGCUCCAAGACUUGCAGGCUGCACUGCAGAAGGCCAAGGGUGAUCUGGCCAGGCUGCUGCAUGAUUACCAGGAGCUGAUGAAUGUCAAGUUGGCCUUAGAUGUGGAGAUUGCCACCUACCACAAGCUGCUGGAGGGCAAGGAGUACAAGAUGUCUGGAGAGUAUCAGAAUGUCAUGAGCAUCUCUGUGGUCAACAAUGUCACCUACACCAGCAGUAGUUCUGGCAGUAGACAUGGAGUCAUCAGCGGGGUCAAUGGCAGCAGCAGCAGCAGUGGCGGUGGCUCCAGAGGCAGCAGUGGCAGCAGCUAUGGAGGAGUCAGCAGUGGUAGUGGCAGUGGGAGCAGAGGCAGCAACGGGGGCUACCAGAGUCCCAGCAGUGGUAGCAGACUUGGCAGAGGCAGCAGCUCUGUGAGCCAGAGUGAAAUAGGCUUCAGCUCUGGUGUCACUCAGAACUCUGCAGGGAGUGGCUGCAAGUCUGGCAACAGAGGCAGCAUUGAUGUCCACUUCCCUCAGAACACCAGCUCCCGCCAGCAAUGCUCCAAGUGA